GCCGGGCCGCGGCCUCACAUGACUGCGGCCGCGAUGGACGGAGACCCGUCCGCGGGCAGCGCGGGUGUCGGCACAGAUUUUGCAAAGCCUCCAGUAAAUGAAACGCGGGAACCGGAACAAUUCCUAAUGCAGGCACCCCCAGGAAAUCCACUGCUGCUUCCCCACACCUUGCAAGAGCUAUUGAGCAAGGAUAGCGUGCAGGUGGAGCUCAUACCUGAGAAGAAAGGCCUUUUUCUGAAACAUGUGGAAUACGAAGUUUCCAGCAAGAGAUUCAAAUGCUCGGUCUACAGGCGCUACAAUGAUUUUGUGGUGUUCCAUGAGAUGCUGCUGCAGAAGUUCCCGUAUCGAAUGGUGCCAGCACUUCCACCAAAGAGGAUGCUGGGAGCCGAUCGAGAAUUCAUAGAAUCAAGGAGGAGAGCUCUGAAGCGCUUCAUAAACCUGGUGGCUCGACAUCCCCCCUUCUCAGAAGAUGUGCUCUUGAAGCUCUUUCUGUCAUUCAGUGGCUCAGAUGUACAGAAUAAACUAAGAGAGUUGGUGCAGGGAGUGGGAGAUGAAUUUCUGACCUGCAGAUUGGCCACCCAGGCCAAGGACUUCCUCCCAGCUGACAUACAGGCCCAGUUUGCUGCCAGCAGGGAGCUCAUCCGGAAUAUUUAUAACAGCUUCUACAAGCUCCGGGACCGUGCAGAGAGGAUAGCAUCUCGAGCCAUUGAUAACGCCUCAGAUCUCCUCAUAUUUGGGAAGGAACUAAGUGCUUUGGGCUCAGACACUACACCUCUUCCUUCCUGGGCUGCUUUGAAUAAUAACACGUGGGGGACUUUGAAACAGGCCUUGAAGGGUCUGUCUGUUGAAUUUGCACUUCUGGCAGAUAAAGCUGUGCAGCAGGGUAAACAGGAAGAGAAUGAUGUGGUGGAGAAGCUGAACCUUUUCCUGGAUUUACUCCAGUCCUAUAAAGACCUGUGUGAAAGACAUGAGAAGGGAGUACUGCACAAGCACCAGCGAGCACUGCAUAAGUACAGCAUGAUGAAGAAGCAGAUGAUGAGUGCCACUGUGCAGAACAAAGAACCAGAAUCAGUGGAGCAACUGGAAUCUCGAAUUGUGGAGCAAGAGAAUGCCAUCCUAACUAUGGAGCUUCGGAAUUACUUCUCUUUGUAUUGCCUGCACCAGGAGACACAGCUCAUCCAUAUCUAUCUGCCUCUCACAUCUCACAUCUUGGGGGCCUUUGUCAAUUCCCAGAUCCAGGGCCACAAAGAGAUGAGUAAAGUUUGGAACGAAUUGAAGCCGAAGUUGAGCUGCCUAUUUGUGGGAUCGAGCAAUAUGCCAACUCCACCACUGUCACCUCCAGAUGGAAACUUCUUUUCCAAUUAAUACUCCGAGCACCUACCGUGAGCAAGAAGUGCAAUCAAGGGAGGGGUCGGACCUCUACCUCCAGAUGUUAGAAUGAAUCCUCCAAACAGCUUUUUUUUUUUUCCUUUUUAAAUACUGCUGCUUUGAGCUGCUCUCUGGUUUAGACAGACUGGAUGUGGGGCAGAACAUACAGAUAAAAAGACACUUAAUUUUGGAAUGCUCUAGGGCAGAGCUGAUUUUUCGUUAUCUUGCAGGUGGGGUCAGGAUGUAGCAUGGUGCAGUAGGUGCUGCAGUGUUAUUGCUGAUGCCUCUGCACUGUGUACUAACUGUCCUCCGAGAAGGCUUAUCUGCAGACAUGCUGAGAAGCUUCUGAAGUGCUGAGAUGGACAGGAUAUCUGAAGCACUUGCUCAUAGAGGAGAUAUGGAUUUCCUUUAAAGUUUGGGAGGGGCCUGUGUUACGGGCAUAUGGAGAAAAGGAAAGCUGAAAGCCAUCCCGUAGGUAGUUGGCUGGAUUUGAAUUGUUAUUGUUAAACCUUAAAGCAAAAUAUAUGAGCAAAGUGUCUGGGUUCACUAAGCUGGAUGGGUGCAGGGCCCUGCUGCUGUAGCACAGCUGUUUUCCCAUGGAGGCUCAGCACUGUGUGUCAGUAUUGAUUCAGUUUGUGGUGGCAGGGCAGCCUGGGGACUUGCUCAUCUGAUUCGGUCCUGGGCCAAGGAUGACUGGGUUGGGGAACCUAGAGGAGUUUGCCCGGCAUAAAUGGGAAUAUAAUUGAAUGAGACACUCCUUAAUUGUAAUCUACUUGUGUUAUCCAAGCUGGACAGCUACAGCAGAGCAUGUCUAAUUUCUCCUGGAGGUUCUGACAUCCACCUGCUGAGUGGCUGUUUGGGACUGUGGGAGAGCUGUGAUCCCAUGGCUGGUGUCUCCUCUGUCCAGUAUGAGAUGAAGGAUCCUGUCACGCUGGUGGGCUGGGACACAGUGCUGAUAAAAUGGAUUAGCAGAAAUCAGUAUUUAUUGGGUAUUACUGCAGUUGUCUUUUCCAGCUCUUGAUAGCACCGGAGUGUGUGAAGAGAAGGCCAUGGCAGUGGCAGUUCUUUCUCUCUAGAAAUAGCACAGCCCUCAGUAAUGGGGUUUUCAGGAUGAUAUCUGAUAAAGGGACUAAUUAUUCUCCGUGUCUCACUUUGUAUCUCUGGUGACUUUCCCUCUUGAGGCAAAUGGCAGGGGGAGAACUUGUGUGUCACGUUACUUUAGGGGGAAUUUUCUCUGGAGAAAGUGAUAAGUGAAGAAACUAUAAAUGUAUACAGCAAAACUCAACGUGAUCAGGACUCCCCUUAACCUGUCUUUGUGGGACCAAGCGAGCUGCCAAAGGGGAGCCUGACACUUGGCUUCUUACUGUUUUCUUCUCUAGGUAGAAAGGAAGCACAUUAUGAAGGGUGAAAGCUCACUGUUAAACUGGAACUGUUACAGUAUUUUCCCUUUGGGGAACUUCCUCAGUAGCAGGAAAUAGAUUUACAUCUUCCCAUCACAAAAGGCUUUUUUUAAUGUCUUUUAUUUAGAAAAUUAAAUGCAACAAGAGAUCUUCCUCAACCGGGUGGAAAUUACGAGUUAGAUUCAAGAGGAACGUGAUAAGCUAUUUGCCCAGUUUCAUAUCCCCAUUUCCCCCUCAGUAUGAGGGAAAGUGCACUUUCUGUGGGUGAAGUUUAGGGGCGCUGGGCCUUCAGGAGUCUGUAGGGUGCUUGUUUAACAACCUUGUUCAGAAUACACUUUCAAGAGCUUUUUAUAGCAGUUCAGAUGUUAACUCUCUUCUGAGUCUUCCCUCCUAUGCACUGCCCUGGUCCACUAACUGAAAUGGCUGUGACAGAUCUUUCCUGAAGAUUUCCAAAGUGAUGUAGAAGAGAUUCUGUUUGCAAACCCGAGCAAAACUGGUUGGGGAGGGAAAUGUUUCUACAGUAAAAUAGCAAAUAAGGCAUCAUCUCAAGAACGUCACAAAAGGGGGAUGUAGGAUUGGUUUGUUUGGGUUCUUUUCCCCCCUCCCUUGCUUGACCUUGUCUUGACUGGGAACGCAGUAAGCGUGAAAAACAUUUAACUAUAUUCUUCAGUGCUCUUCAUCCUAUUGCCUUUAGAAGUUGCUGGCUGGUUAUAGACAGUGACUUGUUUUGUCUUAGUACCCAUCCUCCUUUACUGAGCUUUGAUUGUUGAAGUGGUGAGCAGACAAAUUGAGAAAAUGCUGUAUGUUCCAGUGGAAGAUCUGGUCUGACUGGGGUGUGCUCUGUGAGCUUGUACUUGGCAGGUUCUCUGCAGUGAAACAUUUCUUUUUCUUCCCCCUAACUGAAAAGUAUAAUUUCAGAUUUUAAAAACAAAAGAGCCCACAAAAAGAAUGGAGUUUGCUGUUCUUCCAAGCAAGAAUUCUCUAGUUCAGAUGUACAGACUGCUAUACAUAUGUACAGACCACACAGCCUCUAAAGAAACUGGAAUUAUGUUACUUGAGAAAACACUUGUUAUUACGUUGUCAGCUGUUGCCUCUUUGAGGACAGCGGAUUUGGGGUGGGAUUUUCUUGUUUUGCUUUUCUUUUGUUUUUAUUUCAUUCAUCUGCUAUUUUGAAAACAAAAGGCUGAUAUCCUCAAAGCUGAUACAGCUGAUGGCACUCUGAGUUCAUUUCGUACCGAACCAUCAAGCUCCUGUCCAGAGUUUCAUACAGCCAUUCAUUUUCAAACCUUCAGUGUGGGAGGCUGACCAGUGUACCAACAGCAGUAUCAUAUUUACUUCAGUACCUGAGGGAUGUCUUUACUGUUUUGGUCCUGCUGAGAGAUGUGUCAGACCUGCAGCCAGGUCCUUGCUCCAGAGGAAUGCAGCAGGGAAUCAACCGAGUUGUCUUCAGUUCUCUAUCUACCCUAGUUCCAAUGGACAGGGGACGGAACGAGUUGCCUGUGUGCUGUUGUUGCUGUCUGCAAGGGUGAGAAGAGGACUUCAGUUGUUGGUUCCAUUGCUGUAGCUGGGUAGAUUGCAAUGAGCACUGAGCAAACGAUGAGGCUAACUGAAGAGCACGUGCUGCCUGUCGCAGUACUGCUGCUCCUGUAAGAUGUUGCACCAAAGAGUUAAUGUGCCUUCUCCAGUGGAAGCUUUCUGUGCAGUGCUGGAGCUUACGGUCUCUCGUGUUUAAAAUAAGUGAUAGAAAAGGCCUCCAGUCUUUCUGUCUGUGUCUCAAAUACCAUAGAGGUAUCAGGGUCACAAACAAUGGGGACCUGGAAAAAUGUCUUAUCAGAAGGGCUAUGUGUUUUUGUCACUCUUAAGGUCACCCCUGCUCUAAGCUGUGACUGGCACUAUUCAGGCUUUUUGACCAACACUGCAUGUUGAAAAGCUUUCCCAAUGACUACAUUUACAAUACAACCUUGAUCUUCGCUUCUUUUCCUCUUUCCCCCUUCUUUGAAAGCUGCUCUUUGUAAUGUUUCCAACAGUGCCUUGCUGCAUUCCCGUGCUUUUACUCUUCUACUCUGAUCACACAGGGGUGCAGUUCCUGGCAUUUUUACAGACUAAUUCAUGGUCUCCACUUUUUGCUGCUCCUAAAAGACAAAAUACUAGCUGGGGAUGUAAGCAGUCUCCACACCUGCAGCACAAGCAAUAGUCACUACUUAUGAGCAAAAACUCCGUGCUGGUGAAAGCACCUUCAUAAAAGGAUUGAACUGAUUGCAUAAUAAAUGCAAGUGCAGGCCUGGGCUGUGCUUGUUCUUUUCUUAUCCACGUUCCCAGAGCAAGAGAAUGUAAUUUGUUCGCUCUUGAUUUACAGUUUCCACCAGGAAAUAAAUUGGGAUAACACAAGAGGUAUCAGCUGCCAGUCACUCCCUUUCCUACCAUGCAGUGAGGUUUUACAUCCCAUUACUAACAACCUCACCUCUUUGUGCUCACUUUCUCUCCCUUCCUUGCCUCAAGCCAUUCUCUGAACUAGAACAGCCAGAAACUCAUACAGCUAUGUCAGAAACACAGGUGAGUAUCAAAAGCUUUGUAAAUAGUCAUUGUGCAGCACAAAAAAAAAGAAAAAAAAUAUAAGAUAACUCCUAUCCUUUAAGUCUGAGCUGUGGCUUAGGGAGCAGAUGAAGUAGGACGUUUUUUGUGUGAUGUGUGUGAUUCAGAAUUGCAGGGAGGAGAGGAGAAGAAACAAUCUUGUUCAGAGGGUAUGAAUCUGCCUGCCUGGAAUAUCCUGUAUCUUUGCUUUGCUCAAAUAGCCUUAUGUAUGAAGCACUUUAUCCAAAUGCAGGAAUUAAAGACCUAUUACUACAGCUGGUAGACUGGAAAUGUUUACAGAUUCUAUAUGACAUUCCACGAUUCUGUUACGUGUGUUUGUAAAAAUGUUUAAAGAAAACAAAAGACCUAUAAAGUUCCAUAUGUGAUAUUUC